AUGAUAUUGCGAACGAAAGAGGAAUGGACAAGCUGGAGAAGGCCUGUAUUGUUCUGGUCAGCUAAGUAUACUGGUGUCUGUGUAUUUGCUGUCGUAUGUCUGCUGGCUAUGCACAAUUAUGGUUCAAGCCCUUUCAAUACCGUCAUCGAACGAUACAAGGAAAGAAUACCUUGGAUUUCUCUUAAGUCAAUAUCGGUUGAAUCAGACCGUGCGUCCGUCGAACAGAAAAAAUAUGUUGGACUUCACUUGAACACCGGUCGCCUUGGAAAUCAGCUCUUCCACCUGGUUUCCGGAUAUGGCAUUGCUAGGACUAUAGACAGGAUACAUUACUUGCCAUUCGAAAAUCGUAGAGCACACGUCGAAAAGUAUCUAACUUACCUAGGAAAUGUUUUUCCUCUCUUGAACAGAACCUACGUUCUUGCGAAGAAGGGAACCAAGCAAAGAAAUAUAAAAUUUGCGAGAAAGUUUGAUUCUUACGCUAAUCCAUCAAGGCUGAAAAAUUUUACCGAUCAGUAUUUGUUGCUGGACUUUUUCUAUGCCCAGAAUGUCAGGUAUUUUGAGAACUAUGUUGCUGAGCUACGUGCUAUUCUGCACUUCUCAGAAGAGAUGAAAUCAAAUGGAAGCAUCAUAACACGCUCUUUGCAAAGUCAUUCUGACUCAAUGUGCCUACACGUCCGAACUACGGACUUCAUUAAUUUUCAUUGGGCGACUGACGUGAACAAAACUGUCAAAGCUGUCAAUGCACUGGCUAAGAAGAAGAAUAUGUCAAGCUUUAUACUUUUUGGAGAUGAUCAGCAAGUCAUGAUCAAUAUGUCACAAGUUAUUAUAAGAGAUGGUGGAUGGAAAAACGAUGCUGUGAUUGUUUCGGACUAUCAAGAGGCUAUGGACCUGUAUUUGUCAUCCCAGAUGUGCCGAUCUUUUUUGAUCUCUGCAACCAUGUCAACAUUUGGCUGGUGGCUUGCUUUUUUUGCAAAAGAUCAAAGUGCGGUUUAUUACUUGAACGUUACCCUGCCGAUAGCGUACAAGCAUCGAAGUGAUUAUUUUAUGUAA